AUGAGAGUGGAGAAAGAGUCUGAAUCCCCCGACAGCGAGGGCGCCUCUCAUCAGAAGCAGGACCCAUUAGAACGAAGACGACUUCAAAAUCGGCUCUCUCAGCGAAACCAUCGCCGCAAGAUUCGGGAUCGGAUCGCAAAGCUCCAAGAACGGGUCAUUGCGAAUGAACUUAGAGCAGCCGCUGCUCUCAAUGGAUGGGAUCAACCCUUUCCCACAUCGCCUCUGAUAUCGAAUCGGCGCAUGGCUCAGCCAGACCCGGGGCUGGGAAUGAGUGCACAGGAUCCUCGUCAAUUCGCUGCGGACCCUUCGCCUGCACUAGUCUCCUCCUACGGGCUCUCUAUGGUGCCUUCGUGGUCCGGACACCUGCAAACGCUACCACCCCAGACCCAGAUACCGGAAGAGUCGUCCUAUCUCUCAACUAGAGGGACUGUCUCCGCCGAGAGCAUUUGUUCGACUUCAAAUCUCACGGGACCGAACUUGAUGACCAGCCGCGGCUUUGAAGUCUGUUCGAGUACUCAUGACGGACAGAUGAUCUCGCAGAUGUCGAAUAAUGGGACGACGGCUCCAUUCGAGCCUUUCACUACUGGCCUAGUCAAUCAGCCCUUAUAUUAUGUCACAACCGGUGAGUUUAUCCUCCUCGUUACCCGCUAUAUAUGGAUUCUUGAAUGA